UCUUCAUACACAUACUCUCUCUCUCUCUCUCUCUCUACCACCUCUAUAUCUGUGUCAAACCUCGCCACUUUCCUCUUCGUCUCCUCCCCUCCCCUUCCCCCACUCUCUCUCUCUCCCCCUGCAACCCUCUGGAUUAAGAUUGGCCUGAAGUAUGUGUGGCGUUGUUUGAUAUUUCCAAAGAAGUCGACCCCCCCAUUUUUUCGCCUUUUUUUCUAGUGAAGACUGGAGAAGAAAUUUCAGCAAAGAAGAGACAUCCCCUGCCCAUCCCUUUCACGCUCACCGACGAACCUAAAACUAAAACAUGAGCUCCAACAUCAACAUGGACACCACCAAUCCUCUUCAUCAUCAUCAACAACAUCAGAAUUGGCUCGGUUUCUCUCUCUCCAACACCUCCUCUUCCCCUCAUCAUCAUCACCACCACCACCACGACUCCGCCACUUCUCAUUCCCACCACCUCUCCCUUUUCGAAGCCUUCACCUCCUCCUCCACCUCCUCCUCCACACCAGGUAGUGCCGUUGAUGUCUCGAGGGAGGAGGAUCCCCACCAUCACCAUGCAACCACGGCCGGUGGUGCAACUACGGUCGAUCUCUCCAUGUUCGGCAGUGGCGGCGGUGUCCGGAAGCUGGAGGACUUCCUUGGUGGUGGCGGCGGAGCCACUGCCCAGCAGCAGCCGCAGCUGAGCCACUUCCCGGUGGAGGUGGCGACGACCGUGGUCUCGAUCCCCGAGGUGGCCGAGUACGACUCGGAGCUCAAGACGAUAGCGGCGAGUUUCUUGCGCGGGUUCUCUUCAUCGGACGAUCAGCAGAAGCAGCCGCAGCAGCAGCAGCAGCAGCAGCAGCAACUGGUGGUGGCUCCUCCGCCGUCCGAUCUCAACCCCAAGAAGACUCUCGAUACCUUCGGGCAGCGGACCUCCAUUUACCGUGGCGUUACUAGGCAUAGAUGGACCGGAAGAUACGAGGCUCACCUUUGGGACAAUAGCUGUAGAAGAGAAGGGCAGAGUAGAAAAGGAAGACAAGUCUACCUAGGUGGUUAUGAUAAGGAAGACAAAGCAGCUAGAGCAUAUGACCUUGCAGCUCUCAAAUAUUGGGGCCCAACGACUACCACAAACUUUCCGAUUUCUAACUAUGAGAAGGAGCUGGAAGAGAUGAAGCACAUGACUAGGCAAGAGUUUGUUGCGUCCCUUAGAAGGAAAAGUAGUGGGUUCUCUAGAGGAGCCUCAAUUUACAGAGGAGUCACCAGGCACCAUCAGCACGGGAGGUGGCAAGCACGGAUUGGGAGAGUUGCAGGCAACAAAGAUCUCUACCUUGGCACAUUCAGCACCCAAGAAGAAGCAGCUGAGGCCUAUGACAUCGCGGCCAUAAAGUUUAGGGGCCCGAACGCUGUGACCAACUUUGACAUGAGCCGGUACGACGUGAAGAGCAUCAUGAACAGAAACCUCCCAAUUGGCGGGAUGUCCGGAAAAUCCAAGAAUGGCUCAGACACAACCUCAGACAGCAGGAGUGGAUCCCGUUCUGACGAGCUGGACCCGUCCUCAGCCUCCUCCUUGACCUUUACCUCGCAGCCUCCCUCGUCCACCCUGAGCUUCGCGAUCCCCAUCAAGCAGGACACGAGUUCCGACUGCUGGUCCAACAUCUUCGGGUACCAACAGACUGGCCAGACGACACUGAACCAAACCCAGAUCCCCUCCUUGAACAAUUCCAAGAACGAGAAUCCUCCACCGGCUCACAAUAUCACUACUCCAGCAUCCAGCGGACUGUUCCUGAACGUCCCGUCAGCGAUAUCAUCCUAUGGCAUGGAUUUUGUAAUCGGUCAGGGCGGGAGCCCUAACCCGAGCCAUAGCGGACUGUUCCUAUUCAAUGGAGGGUACAAUAACUUCCAUCAUCAGCAGAGCGAGAACAGUCCUGCCUCAGUGCCACCACUGAUCCCAUUUGCCACGCCCAUUGCCCUAAAUUGCAAUAAUAAUAACACCAACAAUGCUGCCAGCAACAGUGGGAGCAGCUGGAACAGUGGCAAUGGCACCAGCAUUGCACCAUCUCUGCAUUCAAUCCAAGCUGCAAAGCCCAAUCUGUCAAUGUUCCAGACACCCAUUUUUGGAAUGGAGUGACAUUAGCUUAUGUUGUCCUCUGGGGUGGCAUUGAGAGGGAAGAUCUAUCAGGUUAGGGGGAUCUAAUGAGAAUCUGUGUAGAUGGAAGGUUGGAGCCCUGUGAGUGGUGAGUCAAAGUUUUUGGGCAGAAGGAGCGGGGGAAGGAGACUGACAAAAUCAUUUCAGCUUCUGACAUAGGACUAACUCAAGUUUUUGCUUUUUUGUAACAGAAGGAUUAUAUAUCUAUAUAUCUAUAUAUAUGUAUGUAGGUUUUCUUUGCUGCUUUUGCUUUUUCUUGCUCCUGACAUGAUUUCAUACAAUGGGUAAAGAAAAUCCUUGUGUAAUCUUUCCAGUAUAUCCAUGUUAAAUGGAAAAAUCUUCCGAUGCAUUCCGCAUAUUAUCCCGU